AUGGCAAAUGGGAUUCGUUACACCAAAGUCGAAGGCUGCAUUUUUCUUGUAGCAAUAGCAAGUUUCAUGUUGAGCAACGGAUUUGUCGAUUGCAGAAAAGUUGAAACAGUGAAAACUGAUCAAGCGUCUGUGAAGCACAACAAAUCAGUCCUCAAAACUAUUAAGGGAGAGGGCGAUGAUUUGAUAGAUUGUGUUGAUAUCUAUAAACAACCAGCUCGUAAUCACCCUCUUCUCAAGAAUCACACUAUACAGUUGAAACCGAGUGAAAUUGAAACUGUAAGUGGUGUUGAAGAUGGGGUCUUUCAAUCUUGGCGUCAGAAUGGAGAGUGCCCUGACGGAACAAUCCCCAUUGCACGAACAAAGGCAUUUGAGCAUCGUACAUCUAAACCAAUGCCACAUUAUGACUCCAACAAAUUUGUGUUCGUCCCUCCUCCUAAUCAUGAGUUUGCCCAAGUGAGUCUGCACGGUGGUCAAUACUACGGAGCAAAAGCAGAAUUUAACGUAUGGAACCCUGCCGCAUAUAAUAAAGAUAACAGUCUAGCCCGGGUAUGGGUUGGGAGAGGCAGCGGAAAAGCACUGAGCAGUGUAGAAGCUGGCUGGAUUCGUAUGAACUCGCGUGACAACCAAACACUCUUAAUACUUAUAUAUUGGCAGGGUGAUGGUGGCCAAUCUGGUUGCUACAAUCUUGAAUGUCCUGGUUUCGUCCAAGUAAGCAAAAAAUUUACCCUUGGCGGUCCCAUGUCACCUGUUUCUAGCUACAAUGGGGCACAGUAUGAUAUAUUCCUAAGCAUAUACAAGAACACAGAUAGUGGACAUUGGUGGCUUAACGUGGGAAAUGAGGCAAUAGGAUACUGGCCUGACACCAUCCUCCCAAGUCUAAGAGGCAGUGCUGAAUUGGUUAGUUGGGGAGGGGAGGUUUACGAUUCACAAGCUGAGGGUCAUCACACAUCUACUCAAAUGGGGAGUGGUCAUUUUCCCGAUGAAGGAUUUGGGAAAGCCAGUUAUGUUCGCAAUGUCCAAUACAUGGACGAUUCUUCGCCUCUCACUUUCAAAGAUCCUGCCGGUCUUCUAACUUAUGCGACAAAACCUUCAUGCUACAAUUUAAUUGUUAAAGAUAAAACCCCAAACAUGGGAAUCCAUUUCUAUUAUGGAGGUCCUGGGUUUUCAGCGGCGUGUCGUUAG